AUGGGCAUUGUUGACUAUUUCAGUCGACCGCGUGGCCACCAGGCACAAGAUGGUGAUGGUACUAUCACCCCAAGCGAGCCUAAAGUAAUUGAGCCUACCAUUAUCUCCAGUCCUGAAUCUUCCGGCACUGCUACACCUGCGCUUAUGCUUCCCUCUCCUGCUGGCAGUGAGGACCCUCUUAUCUUUGAAAACAUCCCACACCAAUUUGGUCGUCUCGGUUCUUGGAGAGGAUGUUUGAUCUUGCUUGUCACUUCCGGAUCUCAAUUCCUCGAUAAUGUAUUCAUGACAAGCGCCAACAUUGCUUUGUCGUCAAUCCAGCAAGAUUUCAAGGUUUCCAGCACCGACCUGCAGUGGAUGAUUUCUGCAUACACUUUGACAUUCGGUGGCUUCCUUCUGCUUGCUGGCGCUUUAUCUGACCGAUACGGUCGAAAGAAAAUCCUCUGUAUCGGUCUCGCCUGGCUAUCUAUUUGGACCCUGGCCAUUGGAUUCGGUCAGUCCUUCAUUCAACUAACAGUCUUCCGUGGAGUUCAGGGAAUCGGAGCAGCACUUACUGUCCCAUCUGCUAUUGGAAUCAUCAGCUCCUACUUCAGCGGUGUCGACCGCACCCGUGCCCUGUCAAUCUAUGGAGCAUCUGGCACCCUGGGAUUCUGCACUGGGCUCAUUUUCGGUGGUUUCCUGACUUCCUCCUUGGGAUGGCGGUACAUCUUUUAUCUGAUCGUCAUCAUCACUGGCUCAUUGGGGAUUCUUGGCUUCAUUGUCCUGCCUAGCGAUGUUCCCUCUCAAAAGAAACACGAGCGUAUGGACUAUGUUGGCGCGGUGAUGUCUACUGCUGGCCUCAUCCUGCUUCAAUUCGUCCUCUCAAGUGGCGGUACCUACGGUUGGGAUCAGCCAUUUAUCAUUGUGUUAUUGAUCAUCGCUGUGGGUCUUCUGGUUGGAUUCACCAUCCUCGAGAAAUAUAUCAGCAACCCCAUCAUGCCAUUGUCCUUGUGGAAGAUUCGCAACUUCGCUGGCCUCUGGGUUAUUGGUUUCACUGGCUAUGGUACCUACCAGAACGUUAUCUAUUACAUUGUCCUUAUCGCGCAAGAAGUUGACAAGCUUAACGCUGGCGAUACUGCCCUUCGAUUCUUGCCCAUGGGAGCCAUUGGAUUCAUUGUCUCCCUCGGCACAGGCAAACUUCUGGAAUACAUGAAUGGAAAGCACCUCCUCAUCGUUGGUCUGGUUCUAGCUGUGGUCGCUCCCAUCUCCAGUGCUUUAACUUCGAGCCCGGAAACAAACUUCUGGCUCAAUGUUCUUCCCACAUCACUUAUCAGUAUCUCGUCAGUCUCAUUCAUCUUCGUGACGACUAGCACUGUGGUGCUUACGAGUGUACCCGUCGAAGUCAAGAGCUUGGCUGGCGGAAUGCUCAACACUGCAUUCCAAAUUGGCUCCGGAGUCGCAUUGGCCAUUUCCGCUGCCGUCACCGACGCAGUUGAUAUCCAGAAAGGACAUAGUCUCGCAGAGCAGUACGCUACCGGCCUCUGGUGCUCUGUCGGACUCGCUGGCUUUGGACUCAUAAUCGGAUUCCUUGCAGUUCGACAGAAGGGCAUUGGUCCGAAAGACAGACUCGGGGCCGGCCCAGUCGCUAUCUAA